AUGUACUGGACGGCGAAGAGUGUCGCGCUGCCCCUGGUGCUGCUGUGCUUGUGGGGGCUGCAGGAAGGAACACAAGCCUGCAAAUGUGUCACCAGGCAUCCGCAGGAGGCGUUUUGUCAAUCGGAUGUUGUCAUCAAGGCAAAGGUGGUUGGGAAGGCUGCCUCUACCUUAAAUCUUAUAAAGUAUCGCAUCAAACCGAUCAAGAUGUUCAAGGGCCCUGAAAAGCGGUUUUGUUCCAUCUACACUGAACCCAAUUCUGCAGCUUGUGGAGUCAAUCUGGCCAAUGCCACGGAGUAUCUACUAUCAGGCAGACUGGACUCUGAGGGUUUGAUGCACGUCUCCCUGUGUGACUUUUUUCAACGCUGGGAAGACUUGAGCGCCAUGCAAAAGAGAGGCCUGGUGCAGCGCUACCAACUGGGCUGCGAUUGCAAGCUCACGCGCUGCACGUCCAUCCCGUGCAGCAGCGGCCCGGCCGAGUGCUUGUGGGCGGACUUUCUGAUGAUGAAGGUGUACCGACACUUUGCUUGCAUCAAGAAAAGUGACGGUUCUUGUGCCUGGUACACGGGGGUCGCCUCGUCCAAAAAAAACAACUUCAUGGAUGUUGAAGACCCUUCACUCAAAUAA